GAGCGGGAGGCGAGCUCUGCGGGCUCCGCGGGCUAUAAGUGCUGUGACGCAGGGCUGGCCGGCUGGCUCAGUGGCGGUCCACGCGCGCCCGGCGAUGCUGGGGGGCAGCUCCGGGGCCAGAGAGCAGGAAGCAGAGGAAGACGGGGCUGGGGCUGGGGCUGGGGCUGGGGCUUCACCACCGGCCAUUGACUUCCCUGCCGAGGGCUCGGACCCCAAAUAUGAUGAAUCUGAUGUUCCAGCAGAACUCCAGGUAUUAAAAGAACCACUCCAACAGCCAACUUUCCCUUUUGCAGUUGCAAACCAACUAUUGCUUGUUUCUUUGCUGGAGCACUUGAGCCAUGUGCAUGAACCAAACCCACUUCGUUCAAGACAAGUGUUUAAAUUACUUUGUCAGACUUUUAUCAAAAUGGGGCUUCUGUCUUCCUUCACUUGUAGUGAUGAGUUUAGCUCAUUGAGACUACAUCACAACAGAGCUAUUACUCAUUUAAUGAGAUCUGCUAAGGAGAGAAUUCGUCAGGAUCCUUGUGAGGAUAUUUGCCAUGACCAGAAAAUCAGAUCAAAGGAAGUAGCAUUUGAAGCACAAACUUCACGUUACUUAAAUGAAUUUGAAGAGCUUGCCAUCUUAGGAAAAGGUGGAUAUGGAAGAGUAUACAAGGUCAGAAAUAAAUUAGAUGGUCAGUAUUAUGCAAUUAAAAAAAUCCUGAUUAAGGGUGCAACUAAAACAGAUUGCAUGAAGGUGUUAAGGGAAGUGAAGGUGCUGGCAGGUCUUCAGCACCCUAAUAUUGUAGGCUAUCACACUGCGUGGAUAGAACAUGUUCAUGUGGUCCAACCGCAAGACAGAAUUUCCCUUCAGUUGCCAUCUUUGGAAAUGCUCUCUGAUGAGGCAGAGGACAGAGAUGAAUAUGGUAUUAAAAAUGAUGAAACUGGUAGCUCUUCUAUUAUCUUUGCUGAGCUUACCUCAGAAAAAGAAAAACGCUUCGGAGAAUCGGACACUGAAAAUCAGAAUAACAAAUUGAUGAACUUUUCCAUCAAUUUAGUCAUAAAAAACGACAAUGAAUUUAACUCGUCCUUUGAGCUCCAAGAAAAUGGUUUGGCUGAUUUGUCUACCAGACCAGUUGUUAAACAGCAGCGGCCACUUAGGCAUAACUCAGAUGUAGAAGGGAAUUUUACAUCCACUGAGGAAUCUUCCGAAGAAAACAUCAGCUUGUUGCAGCAGACAGAGGCGCAGUUUCGCCUGAUGCUACAUAUCCAGAUGCAGCUGUGUGAGCUCUCCCUGUGGGAUUGGAUAGUGGAAAGAAACAAACGGGUCCAAGAGUGUGUGGACGAAUCUGCCUGUCCUUACGUUAUGGCCAGUGUUGCAACAAAAAUUUUUCAAGAAUUGGUAGAAGGUGUGUUCUACAUACAUAAUACAGGAAUUGUACACAGAGAUCUGAAGCCUAGAAAUAUUUUCCUUCAUGGCCCUGAUCAGCAAGUAAAAAUAGGAGACUUUGGUUUGGCCUGCACAGACAUUAUACAAAAGAACACAGAUUGGACCAACAGAAAUGGGAAGAGAAUACCAACACAUACUUCCAGAGUGGGUACUUGUCUAUAUGCUUCACCUGAACAGUUGGAAGGAUCUGAGUAUGAUGCCAAGUCAGAUAUGUAUAGCUUGGGUGUGAUCCUGCUAGAGCUCUUUCAGCCAUUUGGAACAGAAAUGGAGCGAACAGAAGUUUUAACAGGUUUAAGAACUGGUCAGAUACCUGAAUCCCUCAGUAAAAGGUAUCCAAUACAAGCCAAGUAUAUCCGGCACUUAACUAGAAGGAACUCAUCCCAGAGACCAUCUGCUAUUCAGCUACUGCAAAGUGAACUUUUUCAAAAUUCUGGAAAUGUUAAUCUCACCCUACAGAUGAAGAUAAUAGAGCAAGAAAAAGAAAUUGAAGAACUAAAAAAGCAGUUAAACCUCCUUUCUCAGGACAGAGGGGUGAAGGAUAGCAUGAAAGAUGGAGGUGUACAAGUCUAGCCUUAAUUAGGCUGUGUCAGUAAUAGGAAAGUGGACUUAAACUCUUAAAAUAGUUAACUGGAAUGUACAUUUUCAACCUUUAUUAGGGUAUAGAUGGUAUGACUCUUAGUUAUAUUUAGUAAGGCUAUAUAAGACUUAUUAAAGAUGCUUUUUCCUUGGAUAGGUUUUUCAUGACCCAGCAUCUUGAACUUAAGACUGCUCUGAAUUAAACCUAGUCUGUUCUUUC